AACAGCGGUGGCGUCUCAACGCCCGAGUGCUGCUCUGAGCUCACGACGCCUGCACCCGCAACGCGCGCGCACACACACACGUGCUGCCACUUACACACGUGACACACGUGCUGCGACUUACACACACACGUGACACUCACGUGACACACACACACGUGACACUCACGUGCUGCGACUCACACACACACACGUGACACUCACGUGACACACACACACGUGACAUACACACGUGCUGCGACUUACACGUGACACACACGUGCUGCGACUCACACACACGUGACACUCACACACGUGACACACACGUGCUGCGACUCACACACACGUGACACACACGUGCUGCGACUCACACACACGUGACACUCACACACGUGACACACACACACGUGACACUCACACACUUGACACACACACACGCGACACACACGUGCUGCGACUCACACACACGUGACACACACGUGCUGCGACUCACACACACGUGACACUCACACACGUGACACACACACACGUGACACUCACACACUUGACACACACACACGCGACACACACGUGCUGCGACUCACACACACGUGUCGUGCUGCGACUUACACGCGCCGCUCGGGUUCAUGGUAAACGUCAGCUUCAGUGCAACAACAACGACAUCGACAUCGUCAGUCUCGCCACCGGCAAGCCAUGAGCAGCACUUAGACAACCGAUCGUCGACUGGCUGUUCACACUGCGUCCGUCAUACAAAGCAAACAAAUCGAUAAUAGUUUGAGCAUUAUCGGUAGCCCUGGCGUGGUGAUAAUCACCCGCAGCAAAUCGUCAUUUAGCGAGAGACGAGGGUGGUGGCUUCUGCUUGCUACAACAACAGCAGCAAUGAUGAUGGACAUGUUCAGUGUGGAUGAAUUCUUGGAGGAGUGUAGGGAGAAUGGCACCAACUCCACCAACUCGUCGUCGACCUUUUCCUCCAAGAUGAACGUCUACAAGAAGUCGUUUUCCAACAUCGAAGAGGCGCUGGAAACCGAUCGCGGGUGCUUGCAGAAGAUGAAGAAAUACGUGAAGACUAUGUGCACCUCAGGACAAACAUACGUUGAAAACGAGGAGCUCUUUUCCAAUUACCUGGAGAAGUUUGGAAACAACUAUUUGGAGAGGGAAGAACCACACCUGGCCACGGCUUUCCUCAAAUUCUCCGUCUACACAAAGGAGCUGUCGUCACAUCUGAAGAGCAUGAACCGACAAGUAAACAAUGUCAUUGUGUUCUCCUUGGAUACUCUUCUGAAAGGUGACUUGAAGGAAGUCAAGGGGGACCUUAAAAAAUCAUUUGACAAAACGUGGAAGGACUAUGAAACCAAAAUGUCCAAAACAGAGAAGGAAGAGGACAUGGAGCGUGAGCGGAAAGCUGUGCAGCUGCAGAUGUGCGAGUAUCUGAUCAAAGUGAAUGAGAUUCAAUCCAAGAAAGGGGCCGAUUUUCUUCAGCAUUUGAUCAAACUCUACCACACUCAUUCCAGUUUUUUCCAGGACAGUUUAAAAAUAGUUGAGAGUCUGAAAGGCUCAGUUGAAGACCUCACCGCAGAACUAACAAAUAUCAAGCAGGCGCAAGAUGAUGAGCGCAAGAAGCUGUGUGCCAUGAAGGACAAGUUGAAGGAUUCUCUUCAAGUGGAGAGCAAGGAGGAUGCUGGAAAGCUGCAGGCGGUCUACAGCCUGCAUCAGCUGCAGGGAAACAAAACUCAUGGCAAUGAAAAGAGUGGACACCUUCUGAAGAAGAGCGAUGGAAUACGGAAAGUGUGGCAGAAAAGAAAAUGUGAUGUCAGAAAUGGAUUUUUGCUCAUAUACCAUGGAGUGGCCAACCGCCAGCCAGCAAAGCUCAACUUGCUGACUUGUCAAGUGAAGCCGAGUGCGGAAGAUCGCAAGUGCUUCAGUUUGAUCUCGUAUAACAGAACAUACCAUUUUCAAGUGGAAGAUGAAAGAGAAUGCGCCGUUUGGGUCUCGGUGCUGACCAACAGCAAAGAGGAGGCCAUGAACAACGCGUUUAAGGGAGAGCAUGGGGCGGACAUCAGCAGUGUGCAGGAGCUGACGAGCGACAUCAUCCUGGAAGUGCAGAGCAUGCCCGGGAACGACACGUGCUGCGAUUGCUCCGUAGCAGAUCCCAGCUGGCUGGCGACCAACCUUGGCAUCUUGACAUGCAUCGAAUGCUCGGGGAUUCAUCGCGAGAUGGGUGUGCACGUCUCCCGCAUCCAGUCCAUCACCCUCGAUGUGCUGAGCACGGCCGAACUGCUGCUGGCUAGAAAUGUGGGCAACUACAGGUUUAAUGAAAUUCUUGAGAGCAACCUGCCGACCGACUGUGAUAUCAAACCAGCAGCCGACAGCGACAUGAACGAGCGGCGGUCUUACAUCACCGCCAAGUACAUCGAGCGCAAGUACACGAAGCGGAGCGCGCAGUCCAGCGCGGACAAGGCGGCCGCCCUGUGCGCCGCCCUCGUGGCCAAGGACGUCUUUGCGCUGAUCGAGGUCUACAGCGAAGGGGUGGACCUGCUGGAGCCGCUCGAUGCGGCGCACGUGCAGGAGAAAGGGGAGACUGCAUUGCACUUCGCCGUCCGCCAGUCAGACAGGAGCUCUCUGCACCUUGUCGACUUUCUCAUCCUCAACUGUAGAAAUGUAAACAAGCAGACGGAGAAUGGGAACACUGCGCUGCAUUACUGCAGCCGGUACAAUGCCACUGAGUGCCUCAAGCUUCUGCUACGGAGCAAAGCUGCUCUCCACGUGUCAAAUGAAGCUGGAGAAACUGCCCUGGACAUUGCCAAACAAAUGGAUAAUGCACAGUGUGAAGACCUGCUCACCCUGGCGGAGAAGGGCUUGUUCAACCCUCGCACGCCCGUCGAGUACAACUGGAAGCUCGACAAGGAUGACCUUUGUGAGAGCGAAGACGAACUCGAUGAGAAGCCCGCCCGAAACAUCCGACCCACCAGCUGCAUCACAAGGGCAUCCCAAGUGAGCUCCGAGCACGAGAGCCAAAAGGCUGCCAAGAGGAGGCUGACCCUGCCUGCCGGAUACAGCACUCAGGACGUGAACACCGCGGCCGCCCCCGCAGUCCUCGCAGCGAGCCGUGUCGCCGACAUCCCCACGCCGUCCUCGCCGGGGGGCUCGAGAAAACUAGCGAUGGCGUCUCCGGGCUCGGCGGACGGUCCUGGCGGCAGGCGCAAGCCCCCGCCGCCACCUCCAAACAGGCCCCUGCACAAGCGGACGCACUCCGAGCCCUUUGGCCCCAGCCAGCUGAGAAACAGCACCCCACCUCCCAUUCCUCCUCUUCCCCACAUCUCUCCCAUACUGUCCAAGAGUGGCAGGAAAUCAUUCCCACAAACAAAGAAUCUUCCGGCAGGAUUGCAAGAAAGUGUGGAGAACGCAGCUUUGGCACGGAGACCUUCUACACAAAGACCCCGUCCUGCUCCCCCGAGCCCUCCAGACAACUGCGCUGUGGAGAGUGGGGUGGUGGAUGGGUCUAAAGUCUCACGGGAACCAAUUUCCCGGCCCAGGCCUCAUCCGCCUUUGCCUCCAAAGCCACAGGAAAUGCCGCAUCGUCCCCCGGUGCCUCUGCCCAGAAAGCCACCUUUGAUGAAGCCGAAGAUUAAACGGGUCAAGGCCAAAUAUGACUGCCAGGCGGACCAAAAGGACGAACUCACUUUUAUGAAAGGAGACACCAUCGUGGUAGAACGGGAGGAAGACGACGAGUGGUGGCACGGCUACGUCGAGGGCGUUCCGGCGAGACGUGGCGCCUUCCCGGUUUCCUUCAUCGAGCAACUGACCGAUUGAGCCUGCCUCUUUGCCAGAAUGUAGGCACUUUGGUGUUUGUUACAAUUCCAAGACGCCGUAUCGCUUACAAGGAAAUGCGGAGUAACUUGGUGCACUCAGGAUUUUGUCAUCAUUCCGAACUCUUGGCAUCUCUUUUUUUGUAGUUUUUUUUUGUUAAGCUCAAAAUCAAUUUAUUUUCCUUGUGGAUGAAAGUAACCAUAGGGGAAUUUACUAACGGUACAAAGCCUUUUACCCAAGUGAGGAUUAUGAAAAUGUUACCCUUGUUUCAGCUGAAACUUGGUGGGUGUUUUGGAGGCAUAAAACAAUACUAAAUCACUUGUGCAACUGGCUUUCAUGUACGAGUCACAAGUAUUCCCAGAUGAGUGUCUGCCUUAAGAAAAAUGAAAGGAGCAUUAGGGAUUUGUAACGAUGUACCCAUGUGUGUCAUGUGGAAUGCGAGUUGCGAACCAGACUUCUUCGGUUGGUUACUCUGCCAAGUACUUGCACUUAUAUUUUCAUUAUGAAUUGAAGGAAAAUAUUGGAAAGCCUUUGCACUUAUUGUUAUGAACGUUAGUCUUGACCUUUAUGUUAGAAAUAAGCUGGGAAUAAUAGUUUCCGUAGUUAGUUUUUUAAUAUGAUGGCACUUGCCUUGUUGGUUUUAAAUGCAGGCAAGGCUUCUUAUGCAUCCGCAGCACAGUAUUUGUUUACAAGUGUAAAUAAUCCAUGAUACAGUUUUUUUUUUGGGUUGGAUCACGUAAAUAUAUAAAAGUGUCGUUAAACCCGCCACCACCUGACAUAGCUAAUUAGUGAGGUUUGUCACGUAAACAGAACAUGCCAAUUCGUAGUACAGCACACCGGUGUGUUGGAGAGCAAAGCUACAACAUUUACAAUCUGAGUACGGCGUUUCACCAGUAAAUUACAACUAGCGUCAUCAGCCGACGGCCAGAUUUGUGGAGAAAUCCUCCCGUUUCGUUCCUUAAAUAGAGGGGUAGAUGUGAUGUCGUCAUCUGUGUCCCCUUCUUGCGUGAAGUGGGGGGGGAUUCAUAAAUGUUGUGGCUUUGCUCUCCAACACACCGGUGUGCUGUACUACUAACGAAUUGACACGUUUUGCUUACGUGACAAACCUUACUAAUUGGCUGUUUCGGGUGGUGGCGGGUUUAACGACGCUUUUAUAUAUUUAUACACGAUCUAACCCAAAAAAAAUGUAUUAUGGAUGAUAUUGGUCGCGAAAGCCUACGUGUAAACCAAGUGUAAACAACAACAGUUUGACUUGACCACUCUACUCUGAGGUCCAUUUAUGUAUUAAACAAAGAACAUAAUUUAUGAUAGCGAUAGCAUUGAACGUAGCAAUUGGUGUUGCUUGGUAUUCAUUGUGCGUCUUUUAUCUCUCGGUGAACCAGGUAAGGGCAUUGAGAUAUGCAGGUUUUUUUUUAACAAAGGAGUCCUGGGGUCUCUAGAAAAGGAAAUAGCUAAUUUAUAAUAAAUGUGUGUACAUACAUUUAUGUAGACAUAUAUAAGCAUACCCACAUAUAUACAGCACACACACAGUAUACAUAUGCAUGUACAAUUGUAAAAACGUAAAGGCAAAGAUUCUCAUUUUAGUCAAACAAUCACUUGGCUCUUAGCUCUUUGGUGCUUUUUGUGCGCCAGUGUUUAGUUGACCUAGUCAAGGCCUAAUGCCACUUGUGAUGUGCAGUUCUUAGCGAAAACUGGAAUAUGCCUUUUUAAGGUUUUCGUAAACUGUCAGUCUGAAUUCCAUCUCCUUUUUUUGAAGAUGGAAGGCACAGCGCAGUGGGUUGACAUGCCGCAUAUAUUAAUCCUAAUUACCGGGCUUUGUGUAGAUAUGUAUACCCUCCCAUUACGUGUAGGGGAAAGGGUCUAGGGCAGGGUGCAUUCGUUGCCAUUCUCUAUUACAAUCCUGGCGACCUGUGUUUGAAUCGUAGUAGCCAUUCAGAACACCAGUGGGGAAACAUGCCGAAAUUGUUCCUUGCGAACAGCAAUUGCCAACGAGAGUUAAUAAGACUAACAUGGGAAUCGCUUUGUCUUUGUCAUCCAGUAUACACACACACAAAUUGCACAUACAUUACAAAUAUGCACUGAUGUGCAAUGACUGGUCAAAAGGAUUAUUGGAAUGAUGCUGUUACAUCGAAUACAGUUCAGCGAUUAAUUUCGAAUGCCCCCUUCAAAGCAAUCUUAUUCUGCCAUCGAUGCAUCUUGUGCCAGUAAUUACGCAGCUUAACUGAGUCUGUAGCUGAAGCCUCUCAUUUGCCUAAUCACAUUUGCAUUAAGUUUGUCAUUAUCUUUUUAAAAUAGUUCCGUUCAAAGUGAGUACAUUGCAAUCUGUAUAAGUUGUUGUAACAUGGGGAGAGUUUCAGUAGGAGCAGACUUGCCAAAUUUAACACAUUCCUGCGGAUGGAGCUGGUAGGAACGUUGGGUUGUUCGGUCAAUGGCCAGGGUCAACGGCGGCGUGGUGUAUUCCGCAAAUAUGCCCGACUGUGAGGGCGGGCACAAGCCGGCGUGAGUAGGUUAAACGUUGAGUUUUAUAAGGGCACCACGGGGUGACCAGCCCCUCCCCACCCAGCGCCACCCCUCCCACCCAGCCCCACUCUCCCCACCCAGCCCCUCCCCACCCUCCCCUCUCCACCCAGCUCCACCCCUCCCAUUUUUUGAUGCACGACGGACGGACACAAUAAUCCCCUGUGGGCUGGUGUAACCAGGAGGUUCCUACCGGUAACAGGAAAUUUGAUGUUGCAUUGUUGGUCACUCUCCACGAUAACCCACAAGGUGCCAAACUCGUACCAAAAUGUUCUGCUUGUGCGAUUUGUCCACUAAUUCCUGUGACUUUGUGGACAGUACUUUGUAGGGUUAAAAUUUGACUAAACUUUCGUGACUGCAGGAAUUCAUAUUUUUUGGAUCUUUCGGUGAAGUCACGUAGAUAGAAAAAUAAUAAUAUAAAUAAAGUGAAUAAGAAUAAAAAUGAUUAAAAUAAAAUCAAAAACAUGAAUGUAUACUGUAACCUGGUUCUUAAUCGGAGUGGGCGAAUUGGCAUUCUAUAAUGUAGACUGUAGCAAUGGUUAUUAAGCUUGGUGAGCGUAUUGGCAUUUUAUAAUGUAGACUGUAGCCUGGUUCUUAACCUGAGUGAGUGUACUGGCAGUCUAUAAUGUAGACUUAUUCUUGGUUCUUUCAGUAAUAAAAUAACAAAAACCACGACGUUUCGAUCACAACACAGGCGAUCGACUUCAGGAGGAAAGAGAGAGAUGGUCACCUCAGGCAACCGCUGAUAAAGGUUUCAAAACUGGGCGUGGCACAAGAGCAAAGGGCGGGGCUUCAGAAAACAUUAAUUAUUUUUAUAAUUUUUUAAAUUCACUUUAUUAUUUUUCUAUCUGCGUGAAUUUACCGAAAGAACCAAACCUUGAAGGGGUUCAGAGAGCGUGUUUUUUCUAAUCAUAUCUUUAAUUGAAUAAAAUCCUUCCAUAGACUUUUUGACCAGCCCUCAUAUUGCAUACAAAGGUAUGCAAAAAUAAGAGGUCACCAUUUGCAAGGUUACUGUCAACGGGCUUUAAUGUAAAGUUUGCUGAAUUUAAUGUCUAUAUGCAACAAGCUUGUUACACGUUCUUAUGAAUAAAAAAAAAUAACUUGAUGUAAAGUUUACAAACUGUAUGAAAAAUCAUCUACCGUGUUACAUAUUGUUCGUAGUCUACCACAUUUCAUGUUUAUUUGUCAAUCAGAUGUUGCCAAAUGCUUUUGCAUAUUUUACCAAGUCUAUUGCACUGGUUUGUUAUUCACCCCUGAGGCUAUGAAUAUUGAUCUAUUUUUUCCCUACCAAACAUCACACGUCUCUAUUUUAGUCUUCGUGUCAACAUUAUUCAUAAAUUUGCUUCUAACGUUCCCAUGUUCCAAUAGCAUGGAGUAUAUCCCAUGGGGUUUCAAGGGCAUGCUCGCUCCCCCACUCAGCUUUCCUGCAUUGGCACUUUGUUUCUGGUGUAUUGGUGAAUUUGCCACACGGCGCAUACCAUUGGCAUACCAUUGUUUGGCCUGUGAAACAAAAAUGACUUGAUUUGUGUUUAACAAGCCUAACACUGGACUAUGCCAUAUGAGAGAUGCAUGAUGUCAAAACGAACAUUGAAACGUUUUUUUCUGGAAAUAUGCAGCAAUAAUUAUGAUAAAUGAAAGUGGGAGUCUUGAGUUAGAUAUCAUGACAAGGAAACUGUUAUUGUGGCCACGUGGUGCAAUAGAUGCUGGUGAAAACUGAGAAAAGGACAAUUCUAUGUUGGUAUCGUAAGAAUAAAAAAUAAGUAGUUCCAUCCUUGUACAUUUUAAAGUUUUGUAAGACUGGGAUGUAUUGGAAGUGUUUUACGUACGAAAGGCGACUUUUGCGAGUUUGUUUUAGUUCUCUUUGGUUAUACCUUGUGUUUUACCCAUUUUAAAUAAAGCAAUUCAUUGAAAUUUUCAA